CAAGAAAAAAAUAAUUAAUGUUCAUCAGUGCGCAGAAAAGUAGACAAUGUAUUAGCAAUUAUGUCGAAAGCUUCUAGGAUCAUUGGUGGGGUACUCUUCAAUCUCUCUCUAGUAAAAAGAUUUAGUUGUAAGAAAUCGAGCGUACUAGUGACAUGUGCAAGUUUCAAACAUUUGCAAACACCCAGUGGGUCUAAAAUGGGACACUUCGAAACAAUCCUCAUUUUACUCUUGUCUCUUCAACCAUGGGAAACUGUAUCAAUCACACGACGCGUGCGAAACUUUCAUCCUCCCACCGAUUGGGAACUAGGACUACGUGAGUCCGUCCAUCAGGCCCUCCUUCGGGAACACUACACCGAUCCGGGACUCCGCGAUCGUCUCCUGGCAGCCCCCUUCAUCAACCGACAAGACAACGCAAGUCCUUUCGGAGAUAUCGCCGUUUUGGCCCGAGGACAACUCUACAUAACCCCGGAAGGUUUUAAAUUCGUCCAAGAUGUGGACUGCGACUGUCAAAGAUGUCUCACUUCGCCCCAAUGCCAAUGGAAGACUUUUGGUCACCAUAAAUUACUCGCAUUGUGGACGGUGAAACGGAUAAGACAUCGGGACCCCCACUAUGGGCACAUGUACGAAAUCGAGUACACAAUAUCGCCCAUCACACAUACCAUCAGCGAGGAUUUGGUCAAACGUCAUGGGUUUUUUAAUUAUAACGUUCCGGGACACAUUUUUGUGAUUAAAAUCGAUCCGGGUGUGAAUACAGUUGAACGAAAUGAAUGGUAUAAGAAAGAGGGGGAUCAUGGACAUUUCAAACCCGGAAUUUUGAUCCAGAUGACUCCAGAUGGGUACAAACACGUGUUGCACAGUUUUCCCGGAUUUUUCACUUCAUAUCACGACCAAACAACAAUCGAUCCCAAAGAAUACGAAUUAUACAAGAAAUUGAUUGAGUCAUUGGCGGCGAAAACGUCAAAUGGACCUCACAGAUUCUCAGUUACGACUCCUGCGACUACGACAUUUAUCGUAAGUGAGGGGCAGUUUGUUCCAAUUACGACUUUACCAACCCAGAGUUAUACAAAAUCGCCUGAACCGCCGAAACCAAUCACAACCAUACAUUAUUACACUCCGGUUGAAACCACUAAACCAACAACAGAAAAACAAGACGAAGACUUUGAUAUUUUUUCAGAGCCUAUACGCACAACCACAAAAAAAAUUACAAGUGAAGAACAUGGUAAUUUAUUUUCGGUUGUAAGUCCAACCGAACCGAUGAAACCGUUUACGGAAGUUCCAAAACACACACGACCGGAUUCGAUCAGUGAACAACUUCCGGCACCUGAUAGAAACAUUGAAACUACAAUUCCGUAUGUUACUACCACUCAACCUUCGACUAGAAAAGAAGAGAGUACUACCAUCGAAAAAGUACCGUAUACAGAACAAAAAACUGCAAUCAUUGGUCCUUUUACAACCGAGAAGGUUAAAAGUACCACGUUUUAUACUACUAUACCAAAAACUAGUACUUAUGGUACUACUGUAAUUGAAGCAGUACCUGUAAGAACUUUACACACUUCAACCAGUCCAAAAACCACCUUACUAGCAGUAGCCUCGACUAAACCUACUAGUUAUGGAACCACUGUAAUAAAAGCAGUACCCGUUCGAACUUUACACACUUCUACUAUAACAAAAUCCAGUCAUGGUACCACUUCUCUAUCGGCGUCUAGCCCUAAAACCACUACAAUAGAAGCAGUACCCGUCAGGACUUUACACACUUCAACCAGUACCACAUUUCUACCAUCUAGCCCCAAAAGUUAUGGUACCACUGUAGUAGAAAAAGUACCAGUCAGGACGCUACAUACUUCAACUAGCCCUAGAACUAGUAGUUAUAGAACCACUGUCAUAGAAGAAGUACCAGUCAGAACUAGUACCACAAUCAAAGCAAAACCUGUUACGCUUCCUGAACGUGAUACGACUGUAAUAGAAGCGGUGCCAGUUACAACUCUGCACAGUUCUACAAGCCCUAGAACUAGUUAUAGUACCACUGUAAUAGAAGCGGCGCCAAUCACAACUCCAUUUCUUUCAACUAGCCCUGGUACCACUACAAUAGAAACGGUACCCAUCACAACUCUACAUGCUUCAACAAGUCCGAAAAGUACGUAUGAUACUACUCUAAUCGAAGCAACGGUACCAAAAACAUCCAGUUACGAAACUACUAUAGCCGAACUAGUACCAACAACCCCGCGGGGUCAAACUACGCGUUAUGGUACCACUUUAGGAGACACCGAAUCUCUCACAACCCAUCCGAAACCUACCACAAUCACUGAAUUUUAUUUCAAAUCAACACCAAAAACAUCUCAACAAUUCACAAUUCCUACUACUACUUAUUAUACAGAAACUCCGACUCAAUAUCUAAAUGAAACGACUUACACGACGAAGAAAGUACCCCGAGUGACAAUAACUACUCCAAGUGAUGGUUUUUUGCUCGACUCUGGUAGCAGUAAAAAACCGAAACUACCCGAGAAAAAGGAUUUCGACGUGGAUGAUAUUUUCGGAACAGUACUACCAAAAUCAAGCACUGAACCAAUGGAAACAACCACGAAACAAUUGGUACAAUCGGAUAUUUCCCGGGCGUUGUUCGGACGAUCGAAACAAGUGAAAAUUAGUUCGAAAGUAAGAAAAUCAUCAACAAAUCGACCAAAAAUUAUUUAUGGGAAUUUCUACGCCCCCUCGACUCCCAAUCCCAAUAAUACCCUUUUGGGUACUACUGUAGCUACGACAGAAAUUCGGCCUUCGACUGAUCAGAGUAUCAGUACUUCGAUUACUUUCGAAGUAAAUAAGAGGAACAAAGUGAAAUUAAGUAAAACAGAAAACGAGAAAAAAACUGAAACCACAACAGCAAUAAAUAAAAGCGAAACGAAGAAAGUUUUCGACGAUUUAGCCCUCCAAUUAGUGAAUCACGCCAGAACGAUCGAUUAUUUGCAGAAAAAACCGUCAAGACAGCCGAAAUAUAGGAGACGAAGCUUUACGACGAGAAAACGAAGUCAGAGAAAAAACACAAAGAGUGCGAAUUGACUGAAGUGAAUUAAAAAUUGCACAAUUGAGUUUUUUGUGUCGUGUGAAACUCUUGUAGGUUGCUAAAAAAUAAUGAGUCGACAUUGACCUCGAAAUGUAUUAAAUUCGUUAAAAUAUGUCGAAAUUUAUAUUUUUGUUAUGAUAAUAAAUAAUAAA